CGCUUCCGGUCGGCUGGGCUGGCGGACGGUUCGCCCCGUCCUCGACCUAGUGCAGUGCGUCAACCCUUCUGCACGCUGUCCCCUUCGUGACAGCGAUUCGGGUUUAUGGGGCGCCACCCUAAAAAAACGGCAGAUGGGCUUCCUUCAGGGCGCUACUCUCAGGGGUGCACGCUAUGCCUUUUUAAACGCGUUGCUCCGCGGACGGGAUGCGAAAGCAGCAAGCGCGCACAUGGCUGGCUUGAGUAGGUGAGCAACACGAUGGCUGAGAAUUCAUCUGUGAGUCCAGGUGGCAUCACUCCCCUGCAGCAAAUGCUGGCAUCUGGAACUGGAGCCCUGUUCACCUCUCUUUUUGUUACACCUUUAGAUGUGGUAAAGAUCCGACUGCAAGCUCAGAAAACACCAUUCUCUAAAGUGUUGUCAAUACAGACUAUACCCUGGAGCAUUCACCAGCCUAAAUGGAAAUGCUUCCUUUACUGCAAUGGCCUCAUGGACCACCUAUAUGUGUGUCAGAAUGGAAACAGCUGCACAGCCUGGUAUAAGACCCCUACUCACUUCACAGGGACCAUGGAUGCUUUUGUGAAGAUAAUACGUCAUGAGGGGAUCCGGUCCUUAUGGAGUGGCCUGCCACCUACACUAGUUAUGGCUGUUCCUGCCACUAUGAUUUACUUUACUACUUAUGAUCAGCUACGUGGUUUCUUGUAUGCUAAGAUGGACAGCCAAGGACGCUACAUCCCACUAGUGGCUGGAGGUUUGGCUAGACUGGGCGCAGUAACUGUGAUCAGCCCAUUGGAACUCAUCCGAACAAAGAUGCAAUCCCGCCCACUGAGCUACCGUGAGCUGAGUGUCUGCAUCCAGUCUGCUGUGGCCCAGGAUGGUUGGCUGUCACUCUGGAGAGGUUUGGGGCCCACAAUGUUGCGGGACGUUCCUUUCUCAGCUCUGUACUGGUAUAACUAUGAACUGGUGAAGGAACAUUUUUGCAACCGAUUCCAUCUUGAUGAGGCCACGUUCAUGGUCAGCUUUGCAGCUGGUGCCAUUUCUGGCAUGGUGGCUGCUAUCCUAACCCUGCCCUUUGAUGUUGUGAAAACCAAGCGACAGAUCGAGCUGGGGGACAUGGAGACACUUGGAGUUAGCACUUCCAGAUCAUCCUCUACCUGGUUGCUUAUGCAGAGGAUUCGGGCAGAAUCUGGCAUCCGAGGUCUCUUUGCAGGGUUUCUGCCUCGUGUCAUCAAGGUGGCUCCAGCCUGUGCCAUCAUGAUCAGCACCUAUGAAUUUGGCAAGACUUUCUUCCAGAAAAUGAAUGAGGAACAGCGGCUCAGCAGCCUGUGAAGUUCAUGGAAAGGUUCCCAACUGGCAGCCUGCAGAAGGACCAAAGCCAUGCUGGCUAAAAAAGGUUUCAGCAGAGACACAGAGGGAAAGGCAGACUGUGAAUAUGAAGGGAUGGAUAAGUUGGACCCAGCAGUGAUCACUUGUCAGUCAAGAUUCAGAAGACCAUACCCAAGAACAAGAAAUGUUCGGCUUGUUUUGUUUUUUAUAGGGUCUGUCUCAUGUCAGAGAAAUUCCAGGUGCCUUCCAGCUAGCGUCUGCCUUCCUUAUUUUCUCUUUCCCUGGAGAGCAGUUUGGUAAUUUAAAUCCCUUCACUGCAUCCCCCCCUACGUUCAGAGUCAUGGUCAAGUCUUGUCAUUUGGAUCCCAUUACUUUGGAGCCUUUCUGCUUCUUGGAAGACAAGUGGAAGCUCUCGCCGUGGCAUUGCCACAGAUUCUGAGAAUCUGUAGCUACAAGUAUCUGUUGGUAACAUCCCAGUGGAAUGUGGCUUUCCUUUCACAGCUGUAGAAGGAAUUUGAAGAGAAAAAGGAGGAAGCAGACUAGCCUUGGCAUUCCAAAACUAGAUGAUCCUUCUGCUGCAUGAAACCUUUUCCCCCACAAGAGGGCAGGGGGAAAGAGAUCCAAAGAGAAAAACUGUUGUAGACCAAGACAGAUAUCUUCUUCCCUGCCUUAAUUUUUAAAGUGUCUGUUGGCCUGCAUGACUGCUUAUCCCCCCACAUGAACAUUUCCAUGCAUGAUGGAUAUUGUUGGCUUAUGUUGCAAUCCCACACUGGACUUUUGUGCGGGCUCUGAAUCGAAACACUGUUCUGAACACUCAGGAUUUACCUAGCCCUUCCCGUGGCGCUCCCCAUGGACAACUUGAACUUGGGUCUUCAUGCCUUAAAUAUUGAGUAGCAAAGGCACAAAAAUUGCAUUGUACAUCCUCCCACCCUUUUCAAAGUAGUCUGCAUUCUAGGAAGAGUGAAAGCUGUUCUGGGCCAAGGUUUAGUUUGAUUCCUGACAUCUUAUGUGACAUUUCCUAGCGACUGCUAGUCUCAUUGCCAUUUUCUUUGAUUUUAACUUAUGUGCCUGUUGCUUACAUUGUUGAGGUGGGAUGAAGAGCUGAACCCUUUAUUAAAUAAAGCCAUUUAAAAAACAAAA